AUUUUUAACUAUGUGAUUAGGUACCACACAGAGCAUGAGUUGCUUAGGUACAUUCACAAGUUACAGAAUAAGGAUCUAUCACUGUGCCACAGCAUGAUUCCGUUGGGAUCUUGUACGAUGAAACUAAAUGCGACAACUGAAAUGAUGCCAGUUUCAUGGCCAAGUUUCACCGACAUUCACCCUUUUGCUCCUGUUGAACAAGCACAAGGUUAUCAGGAAAUGUUCCAAAAUUUGGGUGAUCUCUUAUGUACAGUCACUGGGUUUGACUCUAUCUCAUUUCAACCUAAUGCUGGCGCUUCUGGUGAGUAUGCCGGGCUUAUGGUUAUCCGUGCAUAUCACAUGGUAAAAGCUUACAUCCUAAAUUUGAAUCUAAUUGUUCACCUUCAAUUUAUUUUAAUUGUAUAAACUGAAAAGUGAAUGAAUGA